AGCAGAGGCACCACAUACAUACAUACAUCCUUCUACUCUCUCCAUUCUCUGCCAUCACAAAAACAGAGUCCAAAGCGACACUAAUUUGUUUCACUUUCAAUUCGCAGCAAUGGCAGCCUCACUACAAGCUGCAGCCACCUUCAUGCAACCCAUCACCCCUCGCAACUCCACUCUUCACCUCAAAUCCACACAACUCAUUUCUAAGGCUUUCGGCUUCGAACCGGCUUCGGCUAAGCUCACAUGCUCUCUUCAAGCCGAUUUCAAGGACGUGGCUCAAAGAUGUGUCGACGCCACCAAAAUUGCAGGAUUCGCCCUUGCCACCUCUGCUCUCGUUGUCUCUGGAGCAAGUGCGGAAGGCGUUCCGAAGCGGCUAACCUACGAUGAAAUCCAGAGCAAGACAUACUUAGAAGUGAAGGGAACUGGAACUGCUAACCAGUGCCCCACCAUAGAUGGUGGAGUGGAGUCAUUCGCCUUCAAGCAAGGCAAAUACACUGCCAAGAAGUUGUGUCUUGAACCCACUUCAUUCACAGUGAAGGCAGAAGGUGUAACCAAAAACGCCCCUCUUGAAUUCCAAAACACCAAACUCAUGACUCGUUUAACCUACACUCUUGACGAGAUCGAGGGACCCUUCGAGGUUUCUUCCGAUGGAUCAAUCAAGUUUGAGGAGAAAGAUGGAAUCGACUACGCUGCUGUCACCGUUCAGCUACCCGGUGGUGAGCGCGUGCCGUUCCUCUUCACCAUCAAACAGUUAGUGGCAUCUGGGAAACCAGACAACUUUAGUGGAGAGUUCCUCGUACCAUCGUAUCGUGGUUCCUCUUUCUUGGACCCAAAAGGAAGGGGUGCUUCAACUGGUUAUGACAAUGCUGUUGCUUUGCCUGCGGGUGGAAGAGGAGACGAGGAAGAACUUGCCAAGGAAAACAACAAGAGUGCUUCAUCAUCCAAAGGGAAAAUCACUUUGAGUGUGACCAAGAGCAAGCCUGAGACUGGAGAGGUUAUUGGGGUGUUUGAGAGUAUUCAGCCAUCUGAUACUGAUUUGGGUGCUAAAGCUCCAAAGGAAGUGAAGAUUCAAGGCAUAUGGUAUGCGCAGCUUGAGUCAUAGAGCUUCUUUUUUCUUUUCAAUGAUGUAAUUGUAUUUUGUUGCAACUCCACGGUGUUACUGCAUCAUCUUGUGACCCCCCAAGUUGGCGAAGCACUCAGAGCAUUAUCAUGUGUGUAUAUUGUAAUGACUUCGAUUAUAAUGCUUAUAAUUAAGAUGUCUAUGUUACAUUUGGACCAUUCUUGCA